CUUUGAAUCUCUUUGUGUGUUGCUCUGUGUCUCUACAAGGUAAAGUGACUUUUGUUUCAGCAGACCGGUUUAUGUGAAACCUUUGAUGCUUUAGUUUUGGCAGGUAGCAGAAGAUUGAAUAUGGCGUCGUCAGCAGCUGUGAAUAGACCUCCUCCAGCUCAUCCAGGACCAAACCCUGAGAGCCUCCCCUCCUACAACCACAGCCGGGUACCAAACCCUGGAAUGCAGGAUCCAGGACUGCAGGGCCUCGGCCCGGAUCUAGGACCCCAUGUGCCUGCCCGGCCCUUCAUGUGUGUCCCUGUCCCCCCUCCGCCCCCUUUCCUCCACUACCAGUGGCCCAUGCCCUUCCCCUAUAACCCCUUUACUGGUUUUCCAGGCAUGGGCUACGGUAUGGUCAUGCCCCCAUUCCCCCCUCCGUACCCCUACAUGGAGGCUCCAGCCUACGUUCUGCCCCAGCCUCACAUCCAGCCAGUGGACUACAGACGCCUGGUCCACCCUUCAGUCCCUGUUCCAAGUGCACCCUACCAGCACCAGAGCCAACCCCGCAGAGUCCGCCCUCCUCAUGCUGUACCCGUCAGAGAAACUAUGAACUCAGAGGUCCAAACUGAACCCAUACAGAGAGGCGCAGCUGCUCAUGGUGAGGUAAGCCCGCUCCUCAGCUCAGAUUCUGGGCAUGGGACCACCUCAAACUCCCCGUCCUCCUCCAGCUCCAGCUCCCACAGACCAGGACAGGCAGAGGCUGAAACCUUCCCCAGGGGUUUCCAGGUUAACAAGAGCUGUUCAGGUACCACAGUCACUCGGGGUUUUAACGUUCCUCAUCCUGCAGGAUCAAAGACGGUCCAGUCAUGCACCAGAAAACCUCCAGAAACACAGAGACCAGGACUCCAAGAGAACGCUCCUCUCUGCAGAAAUGUUCACCGCAGCAUGUGGUCAGUGGACUCUCCUGAUGGCAUGGUUCCAGUGUGCAGCUCCUCUCAACAAGAGGAUGAAGUCACUAAAGACAGACGUGUCUCAGUGCCUGAUAUCCUCAUGAGUUGGAUGGAUGGAUCGACGCAGGAGGUGAUGCGGAGAAAGUCUGAAAAAGUUCUUCCCCAGAAGGAUCAGCAGCUGCACUCUCAUGAAGCUGAAGUACAGAGGGACAAGUCAGCGCACCAGAGUCCAGCUGGGAACAGUCCUGUGGUGGCCGACAGAGCUGAUGAUGAUGAUGAUGAUGAUGAGGAUGGUGAUGGUGGUGCUAAGGGUGCUCUAAGUCCUAAGGACACUGAAGCCCUCAUUAAAAUCCUCAGACGGCCUGUAAGUCUUCAGGAGCUCCUCUCAGAGUCUAACAGAGAAAGUGAACCUUCAGUGUUAGUGAGCCAAACCUCCAGAGAUGAUCUGCUGCAGUCCUUUGACCGACCCCAGAGGCUCCCUGACAACGAGUCAAAUCCACAGGCGGACACUUCAGAUAUCACGGCCUAUCAGAUGUUGGUAGAUAGUUUUCACAUGAAGAGAAAAAUGAAUGAGUCUGUUUGGUCUGUGGAGUCUUUAGCCCCCUUCAUCCCCCAUAAGGACUGGUGGCAGCAGAGCAGCGUCCUGGAGCCUAAAGUCAUCUUUGAGACGGCAGAGCAAGAUGAGAACGACGGACUUUUAAUCCUUAAUGACAACUCUGUUGUCAAAACUUGUAAAGAGAGGAGGCGCAGCCUCAGGUUUUCCUCUUCUGACUCGGUCCUGAUGUCAGACAACUUCCUUGUGUUCAGCACGCCGGCUGUGCAGCAAAGUCGGUCACAGAGGCCAGAAAUGGAGAGUGAGAGUGAUGCCUCUGAAAUGGGAGAAUCGCAGCGACACCAGAGCAUGACUCUCACAGAACACGUCCCCUUAACUUCCCCGCCUCGACUGCAGGGUAGAAUCAUUUUAUCUCCCCCUACUAGAGAGGAGCCAGAUGAAAGAAGGUCUUCUGAACCAGAGGCUAAUCAAAGCCCGAACCAGGAAUCUUUUACUGUACCCAAAGAAAAGGGGAAAAGCUCCUCUGAGCAGGAGGAGAAAAGCUCCUCUGAGCAGAAGGAGAAAAGCUCCUCUGAGCAGGAGGAGAAAAGCUCCUCUGAGCAGGAGGAGAAAAGCUCCUCUGAGCAGAAGGAGAAAAGCUCCUCUGAGCAGGAGGAGAAGAGCUCCUCUGAGCAGGAGGAGAGGAGCUCUCUUGAGCAGGAGAAGAGCCCCUCUGAGCAGGAGGAGAAGAGCUCCCCUGAGCAGGAGGAGAAGAGCUCCUCUGAGCAGGAGGAGAAGAGCUCCUCUGAGCAGGAGGAGAAAACUCUGCUCUUGAACUCUGCAGAAGAGAAAAUGUCGCCUCCAUGUCAGCUGGUUCUUAAAGACGGAGCAGACAGGAAGUCAGACGAUGGAGCUGAGGAGGACUCUGAAGUCAGUCGGCUGAAAAACGGGCAGCUUAGUGUCCCAGCGGCUAACCAGACGACGGCUGAUGUGUCUCCAUCGAGGGGACAUCUGGUGGACACUGGAGUCCAGUGUCACAUGUGGACAUGUGAACAGAGCUGCUGUGCACCAAACAAAAUGCAUCAUUUCAAACAUUCAGAUGUGAGAGAUUCAAACUACUUCAGGACUGAAGGAUUCGGUAUGAACAGACACAUGCCAAAGAACCAGAAGAGAAACGGUUCAUGGAAGCACAGAGGUCAAGAGAAGCAGAACGACCAGACGGACGGAUACAGCGGAUACUGCGGCAAACCCGGAAGAUCAAGAGGUGGAAAUGGAAGGAAUCACCGGUACUGAGCCCAGACGACCUUCUACAAGACAACACGUGUUUUUAAUUAUUGUUGAAAAUUAAAUUAAUAUCUAAUAAUACUGCUCAAUAAAUAUUUUCUACAUCUUCUAAAAA